AUGGUCCCGCCAUCCGACUCACGCGCCGUAGCAGUCUACUGCGCAGCCUCGCUCGGGAAGCGCAAGGCGUUCCAGAAUGCUGCCCUCUCUGUGGGCCAUGCACUCGCAGAGGCCAACCGGCCUCUCGUCUACGGCGGUGGGAACGCCGGAAUUAUGGGCGUAGUCUCGGGCGCGGCGCUCGAGCACGAGAAUGCGAGAGUGAUAGGCAUCAUCCCGAAUGCUAUCCUCGCUGGAGGCGGCGAGAAGGACAAGGGCGGCAAUCCCAUCCCCACCACGAAGCACGUCGCAGACGCGCUCAGCGAGAAGCCACGAAUUGUUGUAAGCUCGAUGCACGAACGCAAGGUGGAGAUGGCGACACGUGCGGGGGGCUUCAUUGGACUCCCCGGAGGAUUCGGAACGUUUGACGAGGUUCUUGAGGUGAUCACAUGGAACCAACUAAAUAUUCACAACAAGCCCGUCGUCCUCCUAAACGUCUGCGGCUAUUGGAGUCCCCUCCGUGCCCUCGUCCGCACAGGUAUCGAAGAAGGCUUCAUCCGCCCCGAGAACGAGAAACUCGUCAUUUUCGUCGACGGACCGGAGGACUACGACGAGCACGAGACAUUCGAGUGGGGCAAGGCAGCCAUCGCUGCGCUUGAAUCGUGGGACACGGCCAACACCAAAGGCACCCUCCCUUUCCAUUGGCUCAAAGACGUCGACACGAGCGCCGCAACUACUAAUGAAAAGCCCAACAAGGGCUCCGGCUCGGCACGUUGGCUGCGCAAGGUUUGGCACGCGCGUAUGCGCGGACGACCACUUGUGGUUGCAUAG